GGAAAUAAUGGAUUUAUGGCCCUGCAAGCAAUUCAGGCCGUAUCUGUGUCCUCCACAGCUCCUCCACCUGUUUGGGCCAGCGCCCAGCGGGCUAGGCUGCUUGGCCCAAAACCAAACGCCACGUGCCCACGGCCUCGCCAGACUCGGCCCGCUCUAGACCAGAGGAAGGAAGGGGAAAGGGCGGAGCGGAAGGAUGAACUCAUGAACCAUCUGCUCGGUCGCGGAGUUCACAUCCCUCGCCCCGCCGCGGCGAAUCGUGGAGGAACGACGACGAUGGAGGCGGCGGCCAUCUCGAAUCCGCCGAGCAAGAGUAUCAUCAGGAUCGCGCUGGUUACCGGGGGCAACAAAGGGGUCGGGCUGGAGACCUGCAGGCAGCUCGCGUCCCGGGGGCUCAGGGUCGUCCUGACGGCGAGGAACGAGGCGAGGGGGCUGGAGGCGGUCGACGGCAUCAGGCGCUCCGGCGCCGCCGAUUCUGAUGUCGUGUUCCACCAGUUGGAUGUCACCGACGCUGCCAGCGUCGCCCGGCUGGCCGAUUUCGUCCGGGAUCAGUUCGGGAGGCUUGAUAUCUUGAUCAAUAACGCAGGAAUUUCAGGUGUUGAUCGGGAUCCAGUUUUGGUUGCCAAAGUUAAAGAUCAGAUUGAAGGCAUGGAUGUAGAUCAGAGAGUUGAAUGGAUGAGAGAAAAUUCAAAGGAGACCUAUGAUGAAGCUAAAUCAUGCAUUACAACAAACUACUAUGGUGCCAAGCUUGUCACAGAAGCACUACUUCCUCUUCUUCUGUUAUCCUCCUCGGGAAGAAUUGUUAACGUGUCAUCAGGAUUUGGACUACUGAGAAACUUCAACAGUGAAGAUCUUAGAAAAGAAUUCGAUGACAUCGACAGUCUUACUGAAAAGAGACUAGAGGAGCUGUUGGAUUUGUUCCUAGACGAUUUCAAGGUGAACUUAAUAGAAGCACAUGGUUGGCCAACCGGUGGAUCUUCCGCCUACAAAGUUGCCAAAGCUGCCCUUAAUGCAUACACAAGGAUUCUUGCCAAGAAGUACCCUACACUACGUAUCAACUGUUUGACACCUGGUUAUGUCAAGACUGACAUCUCAAUGCACAUGGGAGUAUUGACACCUGAAGAGGGUGCUAGUAACUCCGUAAAGGUAGCUCUCUUGCCUGAUGAUGGUCCAACAGGUGCUUAUUUUGAUCGGAAUGGCGAGGCAUCUUUUGUGUGAUCAUAGUUUCUGCUUUCUUUAACCUAUAGUUUCAGAAUAAGAGAUUGUCAAAGUAGUUGUGCCCAACAGACAAUGUAGUUUUGACUUGUGUACUCAAACUGAUGUAUUGAAGUUGAAAUAGUAGAGCUUUACAUCGAUAUCAUGAUUUUAUCUA